UAAUUGUCCCAUCACCCAGUAUCCUGGUUCAUUCAAUCUCACUAAGGAUGAGCUAGAGCGAAAAUCACACGCCAACAAAGAUGAAUUUUUAGUGUAUUUGGACAUUACUGGUUUCAAUCCCGAAGAAAUCACCGUAAGAACGAUGAAUGAAAUGGUGUCCAUUGAAGGAAGACAAGGAAGACGUCCGGGAAACGCGAUUCCACGUAGUUUUUCGCGUAAUUAUAGACUGCCCGAUUUCUUUGAUUCAGAAGAUGUGCGUGCAACAAUUUCGCAGGACGGAAUUUUACAGGUUAAAGCUUUGCCAUCAUCGGCGAAGAAAUUCCGCCAUUUGGAAGAAAUUAAAGCUGCUGACAAUGUAAAUAGAUUUAGAAAAUAAGGAAA